AUCUUAAAAAAAAAAUGGAACCUUGUGCAUGGCUGGAUUAAUCAUAGCGGAUUGGCUGCGUCCAGGCAUGCGAGGCCUUAACUGUUCUUUCCAGGCACGGAUCUCAAUUACAUUUCCCAGAUGCAACCCCCUUCUCCCACUCUCUCCUUGUUUCUAGGUGGGACCAGAUACCUAGUUCCUCCUGGUGAAACAUGACCAAAGAAUAAAUGUCACUUCCAGAUCAAAUUAGUAAAGAAUAGGCAUGCCUUUUCCAUGGUGUUCUAUUCCCUGUCCGGCAGCAGGAAGAAAGGACUCCCAAGCCCCAAGGGCUGGUUUUGCCCAAAGUUAGCAAACCUCCUACUGGAGGGAGGCCUCCAAGAGAGACAGCUGACCAGGAACUUCUGCAUUGAUCUUUGUGAAGUGCGCUCACCACUGGAGGAAUAAAGAGGCUCUUGAGAGCAGUCGCAUCUUCACUCUGCCUGCACAGCUCAGAAGGACCUCAGCCAUGAGACCUCUCGUCCUGGCCCUGCUCGCCAUCUGCUUUCUCACCGAAUUCAUGGCGGAAGGCGUGGGGAGUGAAGUUCUAGAAAGGAGCAUCUGCGUGAGCCUGAUGACCAAGAAACUGCCAGUUAAAAACAUCAAGACCUACACCAUCAAGGAGGGCUCCAUGAAAGCAGUGAUAUUCAUUACCAGACGUGGCCUCAAGGUCUGCGCGGAUCCACAAGCCGAGUGGGUGAAAAAGGCAGUAGAAAACGUGGACAAGUCCACCAGAAGAAACAUGAAACAGACCCAGCCAACAGGAGCCCAACAUUUCACCAAUUCAGCUGUGACCCUGACCACUUAGUGGCCUUCUGGCACCUUGUUCCCUCGCUAGCCCGCCAGCUCAUUUCCCUUUACAAACUCCUGGACUAAUUAGAUUGUAUUCACUUUUUAUAAAAGUGCUGCACGAGUCCACUUAUUUUCUUGUAUUUUUAUUUUUCGUGUCUCUCAUAUUCAUGUAGAUGCUUUAAUUAAUAAAUAUUUAUUACUCAGAA